GGAAUAGGAGCGGGGGAGUCCGAGGAUAGGCAACUCAUUGCUUCUGAAUCUCUCUCCUCGUCGCGACGAGAUCCUCUGCAUCUCUACUUCCCCGGGGAAGUAGCUGCUAGCGUGUGGGUCUGACCUCUCCUCAUCCCGAGUUCUUCAUUUUCAGAGUUAGCUGCAGUCCCAGACUCUCGUUCUCGUUCCUGGUCUUCUUCUUCCUCCACCAUUUGUGCUUGUGCUGUUUCAGUGGUCUGCUUGGGAACCGAACCACCAUGAACCUUGCGUGGGCUCUGCAUUCCUUUCCUUCCGAUUCCUGCUGCCUCUGUGUCUCCUCCAAUCCAUGUGACGUGAAGCAGCUAUGAUAUAUAUAUAUUUUUUCCAGAGUCUUGACUCUUCAGGCCCAGAGGCUCCGCAAUGAACUUUUUGGAAUCUAUUGCGGUGAAUGGACACAGAGACCGACAGCAUGGAGGCGUCAUGAGCAGACAGAGCAUGGUCGCCGUGGAGCAGCUCACCGGCCCUGCCAGUGCCAGACCCGCUCACACGUGCGCUGCUCAGCCUCAUGCUCACCAGCUGCUCAGUGCUCGAUACGAUCACCGUGGCGCGUGCGCGUCUCAAGUUGAAUUACCGGACCGGAUCUCGCCAUCCAACGCUUCCACGUUCUGCACGAGCAUGUACUCGUCGUCGUCGUCGUCGUCGGCGGCGGCGGAUUCCUCCAAGUCGUGCCGGCGGGCAGGCGCUCUGCCGUUCCUGCCCCAUCCUCCUAAACGUGAGCAGCAGCAGCAGCAGCAGUCAUCCAGCUCUCCAUCACUGCUCGUCUGUACUGACCUCGGCAACGGUGGUCAAGACGAGGCUGAAGCUGAACAUCCGGCUGAGCUCAAGGACUUCCUGAACCUCUCUGGAGAAGCUUCAUGGAGAGGCGGUUUCCAUGGAGAGAGCAGCGGCGUCGCUUUCAGAUUCGGAGAGCAGGUGGAGUUUCAGUUCUUGUCUGAACAGCUCGGGAUCGCCAUCACCGACCACGACGAGAGCCCUCGACUAGAUGACAUAUACGACAGGCCGCCGCAAACCUCUUCUUGUCCGGUACUGUCUUGCUCCGACCAAGAAGAAGGUCUCCAGAGGGCAGGGUCUCCUGUUAAAGCUCAGCCGAGUUCAUCUCGAGCUGCAUCAUGUAAUAACAAGCCAAGACUGAGGUGGACUCUGGAGCUCCAUGAGCUUUUCGUGAAGGCUGUCAACAAGCUUGGAGGGCCAGAAAAGGCAACUCCUAAGGGCGUGUUGAGGCUUAUGAAGGUAGAAGGCUUGACCAUCUAUCAUGUGAAGAGCCAUUUGCAGAAGUAUCGUUUUGCCAAGUAUCUUCCGGAGACAAAAGAAGACAUGAAGUCCUCUUCAGAAGACAAGAUAUCCAAAUCAGAGAUGCCUGGAAGCAACGCUGGCAGAAAGAAGAUUCUCAGAAGCUUACAAGUAGCAGAAGCUCUUCGGAUGCAAAUGGAGGUUCAGAAACAACUUCAUGAACAAUUAGAGGUGCAAAGGCAGCUACAAGUGCGCAUAGAAGAACAUGCAAAGUAUCUGCACAAGAUAUUAGAACAGCAGAAGGCAAGGAAUUCCUUAUCAGCUACGACAAGUUCAAUAGAAACAGAGCUUUCUGAAUCUACAAAGGAAGAGAAACCUGAGACACAAGCGGAUACUUCUUCAGCUCAGUUGCCAAAUAAAAAGAACUCAGAUACUGACAUGGAAUGACUCAUAACCAAAGAACUCAUUAUGUAUGAACAACUGAACAUGUUGACUCGCCAAGCACUUUCCUUCUCUAACCUUGUAGAAUACAAACACUUCUGCCUAGAUGCUUCUCUCUUGUAUCAUCAUCCCUAGUGCUUGAAAGAGUUCUAGCUAGCCAUUGUAUAUGAUUUAUUUUCAGAUGAAAAUGCUACAAAAAAAGGAGGAGGACCAGCCAUUCAUCUA